AUGGGGCUCAGCAGGGCCCUGGGCAAGUGCCCAGGUCCUCUCAACAUCAUCGACGUGUCGGCAGCGGAUUCCCAGGGCAUGGAGCAGCAUGAGUACAUGGACAGAGCCAGGCAGUACAGCACACGCCUGGCCAUGCUCAGCAGCAACCUGACGCACUGGAAGAAGCUCCCACUGCUGCCAUCUCUGACUAACCAACCGCACAAAGUGCUCGCCAGUGACCCUGUCCCCUUUGCAGACCUGCAGCAGGUGUCCCAGAUAGCUGCCUAUGCCUUCAGUGCGCUCUCACAGAUCCGUGUCGACGCCAAAGAAGAACUGGUUGUACAGUUUGGCAUCCCCUGAACCUACCCCCACCACUUUUAAUGGUGCUGCUUCACCACUUUAGUUGUUUUUAGUUUUUUCCCCUUUUUUUUUCUCCUCUUUAUAUCCUUUCCCUCCCCAUGCUGCUGCCACAGAACUUGGACAGAUACCCUGUUUCCUACUAAAUGCCAAGGCGCCCAUCAUUGGCACAUUGAGCCCACCUGCAUUGCUUGAGGCUUUCUCCUCCUCGUGGGAGGGUGGGUGGGUGGGUGUGGGGAGCAGGCUAUGUCAGCUGGAUGCUGCCUUGCACAGGGACAAGCACAAAGGGAACAGCUGGUGCAAGGAGGCUCUGGUGUGGGUCAGCACCAUGUGCCAGGUCACUGGGAAGGGUGGGCUGGAGCCAGGCAGAUGUGAUGCUCUGUGUGGGACCUGGUGGCUCCAACACCACCCCUUCUCAUUUUUUCAUGUUUAGACCUUAUUUUGGUUGUUUGGUUUUGGUUGGUUGUAAAAAUAAUUACUAAAAUAAUUACUAUUAUUUUUUGCCACAGUAGAUAAACCCACUUUCAUCCAGUGCCUGUCUCCACUGUUCUCUGUCGGACACAGCACGGACAUGAUGGGGGAGCCAUGCCCUGGUGGGGGGGUACACACACCUAUCUGACCCCUGUCACCUCUUCAAUCAUGUCCCACAGGGCCAAGAGGACAAGGGGACAGAAAAGGUAUGAUGACCCAGCUAAGGGGUCACCUUAAGAUUAGAGGGAGACGUAGCAUCGGGGGCCAUUCUUAAGAAGCACCUAAGAUUCAUAAAUGCUCAUGGUCAAAAGGAAUGUCGAAAGUCAGAGGCCUUGCAAAUAAUCAGAAAGUUUUCUUAGUAAAUUACACACUUGGUUUUAAUCUCAUCCUAUGCUCACAUCCUACAGCGCAGGAACUACAACAAGGAUGUUUUUCCAGCGCCGCCCUACAGUUGUUUAUUGCCAGCAGUCCUGGCUAGACUCAACAGCCAUCCAGUUAUCUGUGUUUGCGACAUACACGCUAGCACUCGUGUGAGCCCUGGGAAUGGGAUGCUCACGAUGUCCCGGCGGCA